AUGUCUCGUGCACUCCUCGUCACUGGCGCCACGGGCAAGCAAGGCUCUGCCGUCAUCAAUGCUCUUCUCGCAAAAAGCUCCUCUGAUUUUAUCAUUCUGGCCGUAACUCGCAACAAGGAAUCGCCUUCCGCCAAGAACAUCGCUGCCAAAUCCAACAACAUCAAACUCGUCGAGGGCCACCUAGACUCCAUUCCUGCCCUCUUCAAAGCUGCCAAGCAAGUCGCAGGAACUGUGCCACUUUGGGGCGUCUACUCCGUCCAACUGUCUAUGGGUAAGGGCGUCACUCUAGAAGGCGAGGUGCGACAGGGUAAGGGUCUUGUGGACGAAUCGGUCAAGGCAGGUGUCAAGCACUUUGUUUACUCCAGCGUCGAUCGUGGCGGUGAUGAGAAAUCUUGGAACGAUGCUACAUUCGUGCCUCAUUUCAAGACUAAGCAUGAAAUCGAACACUACCUUCGUGACUCUACCGCCAAUGGGAAGAGCGAUAUGAACUGGACCAUCUUGCGUCCCACUGCCUUCAUGGAGAACCUAGAGCCCGGCUUCGCCACAAAGGUCUUCCUCACUAUGAUUCGCGACACGCUAAAGAACAAGCCCCUGCAAUGGACAGCCACUGAAGACAUCGGGUUCUUCGCCGCCGAAGCUUUCUUAGACCCCCAGACCUGGGGCAAACAGGCCAUCAGCCUUGCAGGCGACGAGCUCACUUUUGCUCAGUUAAGCGAAGCUUUCGAGCACGCAACUGGUGGUCCUGCUGGCACCACAUUUGGUAUACUCGGAAAGGCUCUGAAGCACGGUGUUGCUGAGCUUGGAAUUAUGGUCAGUUGGUUCAGAGAUGAAGGCUACGGCGCCGACUUGAAAAGGGUGCGGGAGCUCAACCCCGGAGCGAAGACUAUGGAGCAGUGGGUUAAGAAGAGCGCCUUUGUGAGCCAUUAG